CACAGAGACCUGGUGUGAAUAGAAGCCUGACCUGGUUCACUGCUCAAAACAGAAAAAACAAAGGAGGAAAAAAAUGGAAUGGAGUCUGUUUCUGCUCCUUCUGAUGGGUCACUGUUCUUUCCUAAUGGGUCAGCUCUACGACUAUCAGUAUAUCGAACUGAAAAGAAUUGGUCUGCAGCCCAGGAGUACUGCAGACGUGAACACACUGACCUGGCCACUGUGUACAACAUGAGGGACAUGAACAGACUCUGUGGUGACAGUUGUAAAGAAGGCUGGAUCGGGCUGCAUGACCAACAACACACCAACAGGACAUGGCACUGGUCUCUGCCUGGGGUGGAGUACAAUGAAAAUGACACAAAUUGGGCAGAAGAUGAACCGGACAACAAAGUUAAACCAGAAAACAUUGUAGAGAUGUUGAAGAAUUUUGAAUUGGUUGAUGUAAAUGACAAACGUAAGGCAUCUUUUAUCUGCUAUAAUGAAACGGGUCCAUCCAAAUACAUAAAGAUCGCAAACGAGAUGACGUGGUUAAAGGCUCAGAAAUACUGCAGAGAAAACCACACAGACCUGAUCAGUGGUCAAGACCAGUUAGAUGACCUGAAAAACCACACCAAACUAAACGGGGCACGCUGGAUGAUUGGCCUUUUUAGUGACACAUGGAGGUGGUCAGACGGAAAUGGUUCCUCUUUUAGGAACUGGGACCAGACACCACAGUCGAAUCAUUGUGCUGCGAUCACGAGAGAUGGAAGAUGGAGGAGUGAAUCUUGUGAAACUAAGAAGCACUUCUACUGCUACAAUGCUAACGUGGUCCUGAUUCCACUAAACAAAACCUGGGACCAGGCUGUAAAUUACUGCAGAGAACACCACCAUGACUUGGUCCACGUCAGAAACAAGCACCAGCAGAGGUGGGUCGGGCAGAUAGCCCAGAUGGCCAACAGCCCCUUCGUCUGGCUGGGACUGCACUACACCUGCACUCUGCAGUUCUGGUUCUGGGUCACAGACAAGUCGGUCCGCUAUAACAACUGGGCCUCAGACCAACCCAUGAACCACUGUGACAUGUCUGGAGCCAUGGAGAAAGGAGGGAAGAAUCAAUGGUACAAAAAGCCUGAUGAGAACCAGUUUAAUUUUAUUUGUUCUUCGGAGAAAUCAAAGAAGAAAAAGCUGAAAUCAGUCUUCAUGUCUUCAUGUUUGGAAAGUCAGUGGUCUUUCUCCACCUGUAAAGAUUAUGAGUACCACUUUAUUAAAGAGGAGAAGACCUGGUCCGAGGCCCAGGAGUACUGCAGAAAGCACUUCACAGACCUGGCCACCGUGAACAACUUGUCAGACUUGGACAUCCUCUGUGACCAGCGCACCUGCCAAGAAGGAUGGAUUGGACUUUACACCAAAGUAAACACUACGAGGGAAUGGGUCUGGUUCAGUGGAAGAAACCAGACCUCGACACUGCCGUCGAAGAACUGUGUGGUUAAGUGGGGAGACCGUUCCAUGGGCCGUUAUACAUGUGAUGGCAACAGGGUGUUUAUAGGUAUGAAGUCCUGGUUGGACCGUCAGAGGAUCUGCUCUGAACCCGACGUGGCCGACGUAAAUGGCCACCCAUGUGAGUUCUGUGAGCCCCAGCAGCACAGCACAUUACUUUGCCUCUUCAGAGACAUGUGGAGGUGGUCCGAUGGGAGUAAUCACUGUGAACACAACUCCACAACUCUGGGAGUGAAGAAAUGUGUGGUGAUGGGUAACAACAGCACAUGGAAGAGCGACAGCUGUGAAAAACGAAGACCUUUCUACUGCUACAAAGAUGAACUGGUCCUGGUUCCAGUGAAAAUGUCUUGGGACGACGCUUUGACGUACUGUAGAAAACACUACUCCGACCUGGCCUCCAUCACCAACCCCACCCAGCAGACAUGGGUCCAGAAGAGGGUGCAGAGGGCCCAGUUUGACUACGUGUGGGUGGGACUGCGCUACACCUGCAGUCUGGAUCUCUGGUACUGGGCCAGUAACAGGCUGGUCUGCUAUCAGAACUGGGACUCAAAGGAACCGGGGCAUGGAUGCGGCCUGGCUGGAGCUGUGAAAAAAGGGACGGCCGAGUGGGUCAGUCGAGACAAAAGUUACAGGUUCCCCUUCAUCUGUUCCACAAAAACCCACGCUUAA